AUGAGAAAACCUUCGCGAAACCGAGUGAGCUUGGCCUCGUUGGCCAUUCUCAUAUCGCAAUUCUUCCUGUUCAGCUUUGCGCAGGUUACCAAUACCCCGGCGACUGCUCUCGAUUGCAGCUGUGAGAACCCUGGCACAGCCACCAACAUUCUGAACCAAGGAACCACUUCCAUCUGCCCUUGCUCAUGCAACAAGACUACUCUGAUUCCCGUGGUAUUCACUACUGUCUUUACGGUCUAUGACUCCACCACUUCUCCGGGCUUCAUCUUGACAUCUGGUCUGAGUUCACUCCCAAACGCCUCGCAGACCAGUGCACCGCUCUCCGAGAGCUCAGCCACUGGCAAGUUGCUCUCUACCGCAUCUCAAAGCAACAUUGCUAUCACUAUUUCCACUCGUCAGUCCAUUGAUGUAUUCACGAGUGAUGGCUUCUCAACCUCUAGCCAGUCAAGUUCAGCCAGCCUUCAAUCUUCUGAGCAUGUUGAAUCGAUCCCGAGCACGCAGGACAGCAGCCAGGUUCCCGACAGCCCUUUAUCUUCUUUCAGCUCGUCACAAUCAUUGGUCCGUUCAGAACCGCGCUCAUCAUCUUGGAUGACCUUUCCGGUCCCCACUACCCCCAUUACAACGGGUGAGACAACUCGAUCUGCCAGUCCUAUUGCAUCUCAAACCAUGCCAGCUGAGACUGGUGAUGCCUUCACUAGCAGCAUCCCAGCAACACCUACACAAACCUCCGUUCCUGUUCUGGUCUCCUCUGCAGGACAACCGUCUGUCACCACAUCUGCAGCGCCAGUGGUUGUUCCACAUGGUGGUACUAUCACAGUUGAGCCUCUGACAGCAACCAGAGCCGAGGCUGAUGGAAGCUACAAGACCACAAGCGUUACUUGGCUUUCGAUUGACGUACCUGGAACAGUCACUUCAGAGGGUCAAGCCAUCCCUACUGUCUUUCCUGCCUGGAGAUGUAUCUCACUUGACGUCUGCAAUCCAACCUGCCUGGUUCCUGACGAAGUCUGCCUACCCGCACCAGCUGCCAAUCCCAACGGCUACCCUUGGCCGGAGAAGCCUGCUCAUAUUCCAUCUCCGGAACACGGGGUAACUGUUCCUGCUUCUCAGGCCACAUCUCAGGUACUCUCUUCUCAGAUGUCUUCUUUUCAGAUGUCCUCUUCUCAGAUGUCUGCUUCUCAAGCAUCUUCACUUCAUGAGUCUGCCCAAACCACCAAGUCGAUCAACUCUGAUUCCAAGUCUCAAUCGACCGAGGGUGGUGACUCGCCUGCGAAGACUACGAAGAAGGACGAGAAGCAAACCACACAUCCCCCAGACAAACCGCAGAAGACUACGACUCAGCCUACUUCCACAACUACAACUACCAGUCAAGGUGGUGGUGAUGGAGGCGGCGACGGUGAUGAUGAUGAAGAAGAUGAGGACGAGAAAGAAAUCAAUGAGAUGAGAGGUGAUAUCGACCUAGACGACGGCUUCUUCCUAUUCUUCAUCAACAUCUUUGGAUGGGGUGUACGGUCCCGCCUGCGAUUUCUAUUCAAUCUUCCCAACUGGGGUAGAGGCGGAGGCGGCGGCGGCGGCGGUGGUGGUGGUGGUGGUGGUGGUGGUGGUGGUGGUGAGGGCAAUAAGCCCGACGACCCUAAGCCGUCAACUUCAAAGGCUAAGUCUUCAUCUUCCUCGUCUUGCUCAACUACCUAUACCCUGGCUCCUCACUGCACGCAGCCUUGCGUCGUCUCUCACAUCUCCAACCUCGGGACAUCCAGCUUGACAACAAGCUGCGCAAUCGCAACUUGCCGCACCACAGAACUUUGCACGAGCAUUCGCACAACGACAACGACAACCUACACGACUGAGAAGCCAGAGAGAACAAAUGGCUGCAAGCCCAAUUCGUGCCCUGCCUGCAAAAACAGCAAAGUGAGAAACAAUGACGGUCUUUCGCGGCGCUACAUCCCCGAGGACGUCAUCGUGAAGGAUGAACUCACGACGCCCGAGACUUGGCCCGAAGGCGAAUUCGAAUGGUGGGAGAACAUGCGUCGUGUGGUGAAGUUUUAUGGCCCGGGAUACAAUGAGGACAGCUCGGUGAACAUGGAUUCCUCAAGUGCUUUUGAUGAGUUCGGCGAAUACCCCAAAGGCGGCGGUGCCGGACCUGUAUGGGGAUGUACAUUGGUCAUCGUCUUCUCGCCUAAGGGCGUGUAUACAAACCAUCUAUGGGAAAUCCCCAGCUUCGAUAUCCCCAGGGCAGAUAGGCGAUUGUUCUCUCGCAACCCGGCGCACGACGUGGAUUAUUACUUUGAACAGAACGUCGAGUAUUUCCUCCAACAUGGGUCUUCGCGCCAACCUUGGCAAGUGCAGUAUCCUGCCCUGGGAGACCUGGUCAAAGAUGGGGCAAAGCUCAGUCCGAAGGAUGUCAAAUUCUUCCGUGUCAUUGUCUUUGGCCCCGAGACAGUUACCGGGGACUUGGAAUACGUGCCAAGGUACAAGGCCAUGCUCGACAUCUUCACCGAGAAGAUGAACAUAGAAAAGAAGCACAUCUCCUUCUACUCGUACAAACGCAGAGAGGAACUGGGCGAUGAUUACAACUUCAACGAGGACAACAGCACGCCCCCGCCAGAUUUCCGUGACGCAGACCCUUGGGCUGGUCUCUUAUCCUGGCUGUACACGCCCAAAGGCGAGAGCGGCAAGAGGGAACUCAUCGUUCGCUUCGAGAGAGAUGUUGUACACCGUGUUGGCUGGUGUAGUGAUGGACGGGGCUCUAGUCCUGAUGAGUCUCCUUCCGAUCCACCUCCUGAGAAGAGACAGGUUUCUGAACUCAACGCGAAUUCUCCCAAUUCCAGCUUUUUCGAAUUGAGUCUCGACAGAAAUCUCAACAGGCGUCAAGACAAUUCCUGUCCAAGUCAUCACUACUGCAUGGCUGACUGUCCAGAUUCCGUCUGUGGGCUGCUUCCGCGUAGUGAAGCCAACAUAUCCGCAGACGGGCUUGAGAAACGCCAGAUUCUUCUUCCCGAACAAAUCCCCACGGACGCCGAACAAUAUCUCACGACGGACAGGAUCAUCGAACCGCAUGAAUCGGCCGAAGGCGAACUCCGUUGGUAUACUUCCAUGCGAAGUGUGGUGGAUGACUUCGGCCCCGGCUACGGCUCCAAUGGACAGGACUACAACGUGUGGUCCACCAGCGAGGUGACCUUCUUUGACCUCGAGAAGACCGGCGAGUAUUCCGGUGGCCGUCCUCGCUUCGGCGGCGCGGGGCCUAUCUGGGGUUGCUCCAUCAUUGUCGUUGCGUCUCCAGCGGGCGUCUGGACAAGCCACAUGUGGGAGGUCCCGUCUCAUUCGCGAGGCGAGGAGGAGCCCCCAUUCUUCGAGAGGGCCAGGCGAAGGUAUCCCAGACCUACGCAUGAGUACAUACAGAAAGACAUUAUCGAUUUUCUCUCCACCGGGAACCACUGGGGUAAUCGCAGGAGUGUUGACGCAGACAUAGAUCCUCACGAGAACCCGGGUCUUCACGAUGCCUUCCAGUCAGGCGGUAUCUUUAACAUCCAGGAAUGGGAGUGGGUGCGGGUCAUUAUUCUCUCGCGCUCUCUCGAUAACAUGCGCACGCCACAAGUCUACUACGGGCAAGUCGUCAGCUACAUGUACGAGAAGUUCCUCCGAUGGGGUGUCCCCACGGAGAACAUUCAAGUCCGGGCUUACGUCGUCCAUAAUAGAGACACCCACGGAGCAGAAAAUCCUCAGUACGGCUUGCUCAACUGGCAGUAUCACCCCAAGAACCCGGUGAACGGAGUCGAACAGAAGACGCUCCGCAUCCGAUUCGAGAAGGACAUCAUUUUUGAAAAGUCGUGGUGUGGCGAUGGAUACAGGGGCACGACACCUCCCAGCAACCCUGGAACACCUCCGGGAAGCCCUACCGGGAACCCGCUGGUCAAACGCGAAGACGACGACGUUGCGGUCUGCAAACUGGCUCUUAAACCAGACACAUCGAGCGCCUUCACGCGCACGACACCUGCUCUGCCGCGUCCCACCGCCCCAUGUGUCUUUGAUCUCGAAUGCGCUUCCCUCAGCUGCCCCGAGAACAGACAAGCCAAGUGUUAUCACGAACUUUGCCGCUGUGUGAUCGCAGAGAGAAAUGGCGACAUCACUCUCACGACGGACUUCUCCCGAAUCAGCCACACACCUUGGACAACCGUGCCGCUCUCUCGUUCUCAGACCACCAACUCAGCUGCGGUCUCUCUGACUACAGGCACUUCCUCCGGAACAAUCUCAACUUGGACGUCCAGCCCGUCAACGAGCCUCCUCUCAUCCUCCAGCCCAACCACCUCAACAGGCAUCUCGUCCUUCACAAGCGGAGCCCCUAUACCAUCCGAUUUCCCCGGUUCCGGAGCAUCCUGCGUCACAGUUAACGACUGUUCCAGCCUCCAAUGCCCCGACAAUAAGUACCUUUCUUGCAGGGCACAGCUAUGGAGUCCUCAGCUAGGCUGCUACUGCGUGGAACGGCCCAAGCAACAGGAGUCGUGCUCCCGGGAAGAAGACUGCAACGAGAUGAACUGCAACCCAAACCACUACCCUUCGUGUAAGCAAUCCGGCACGUCAUCCGUCUGCGUCUGCGAGCCGUACCCGGCGAUGAUCGGCACCUCUUGCACCGCCGACAACCACUGCGCCGGCGUGGUCUGCGACAACCCGGCCACGCACUCCGGCUACUGCGACAAGGGUCUCUGUACUUGCAUGGCCUUCUUCCACGAGGGCUUCGCCUGCGGCCUCAUCAACGUGUGCGAGUUCAUCCGCUGCAACGAGACGCAUCCGUACAAGAGCUGCGCGGCCGACAAGACCUGCCGGUGUUCCGCGCAGUUGCCGUCCCAGCGGCGGAAGAAGCGCGAUGCGUGUACGGAUGAUGAGCAGUGCAAGGGCAUCGGCUGCGUUGGCGCAACUGGUCGGGAGGUCUGCGUGAACGGUGUUUGCGACUGCAGUGCAAACCUUGACGGCAGUACCAUCGACAAUUGCGAGAGCGACGGGGACUGCAGCGAUGUGUCCUGCCCCGAGCUGGAUGGCAUGGUUGCAAAGUGCCGUGAGCGUUGCGGGACCGGCCAGGUCUUGGGCUGCGAGAAGGGAUGCGUCUGCAAAGACUGA